AUGGCCGAAGACAGCAGCAUGGACGACUCGCUUGAGGUCUUCAAACAAAGAAGCCGUAUGGCUCGCUGGCGACAGUAUCUGUCAGAAGAUGCGAACAAACAAUGGGGAGAUUUGAUCUUGAUUGUCGCUUGUUUCAUCUCAGGCCUGGUUGACAGUGCUGUCUUCAACGUCUGGAGCUGCUUCGUGAGCAUGCAAACCGGAAACACUGUAUAUGUUGGUUUGGGCAUGUCUGGCCAACCGCUCAGUCAGCCAUAUCGAUGGGUGAAGUCUGGCACGGCAAUCCUCAGUUUCUGCUUGGGGACCUUCUUCUUCAGCCGCGUCUGUCGUUACCUUGGACCGCUUCGCCGGGGUACCCUGAGUGGCUCGUGCCUCUUCCAGGCUCUGCUCUGCUUCAUCAGCGGGAUCCUCGUGGUCAGCGAUGUGGUGCCCAAUGAUGCCGGUACCCAACUACCCUACAACUACAUCGUCCUGCUGCCUCUGGGCCUCCUCUCAUUCCAAUCCGCCGGUCAAAUCGUGAUGAGCAGGAUGUUGCUGUACAACGAACUGCCAACAGUUGUCCUGACAAGUACCUACUGCGACCUGAUGUUCGAUCCGACCCUGUUUACGGCACCCAUCACUCAGAAUCCCAAGCGCAACCGCAGAUUUGUGUCGGCCGUGGCGCUCCUCCUCGGAGCUGGACUCGGCGGGGUUCUGACGGAGGGUGGAGAUAUUUCUAGGCCAUUAUGGAUCGCUGGAGGCACCAAAGUCGUGAUGGCCGUGGUGUGGCUCUUUUGGAGGGCCGAAGGAUCAAUCAGGCUGGAGUGA